GACCCACCAUUCGACGAGGGGACCUGCGCACGCCGCAUCGCUGUGGGGGAAACAGCCGUGAUACAUUGCCUGCCUAGUCUCGACAUAUCACCCACCGACUCUCCCUUGCCCGCCACUCGAUGGCUCAAUAGCCCGCGAACGAUACCAAGCCAGCCCCAUAGCCUGCACCCCCGCUACCAUGACCCAAUUGAUCGCCCGACCAGGGCGAAACGCAACCCGCCAGGCGAAGAAGCUGAAGGAAAUUCGCAAGGUCAAGGGCGCAAUCCUAUGGCAUGAAAAAGCACGGAAAGAGCGUCAGAAGAUCCAGCAGGAACGCUGGGAGUCGAAGCAAUCCGCCCGUCAACACGUAGUCUGGAACAACGAGUACGUCAAGGGCACCAAGAAAGAGGCCUUGGCGAAUGCCUACGAGGACUGGCGCCUGGGUCCUCUGAGGCCAAACCGUGCCACUGGACGCGACGCGGACAAGUACGGAGCCCUGACGGGGGGGCAUAUGCAGAAGCCGGAUAUACCAGUUCGUGUGCAGAAGAACAGGAACGAAUCGAGAAUAAGACAGGGCCUAGACUCGAACUACCCCCUUGUCGUCGAUGACAAGAAGUACUUCCCCAUCGUGCGCGAUGAUCGUGUUCUGAUGAUGACGGGACGGGACAAGGGCAAGAUUGGCCAAGUCGCCGAGGUCAUUGGGCGAACUCACGAAGCCAUCAUAAAGGAGAUGAACAUGCAAUACUACGACGCAGACGUCUUCAGCAACGCCGACGGACAUGUAGGCCCACGACGUGAGAGUGAAGUCCCAAUUCACCUAGACAACCUCCGUCUUGUAGUCCCCUACGAAAUCAACAACGUCGAGAAGCGCCAGAAAGUCUACAAGGACGUCAUCGUGGACAAACUCUUCAUGGAGCGCCAUACCACCGGAAUGGACCCCUUCACCGCCACCGACUACGGCGAUGCCACGAUCCCCGAGGAGCACCAGUACGACCCAUCUAGCGGCCUGCCCAUCUUCCACCGCUACAUCGCCGGCACGCGUCACAGAAUCGAGUGGCCAUGGGAGAAAGAGGAGCAGAUCGAAGACCGCGGAAUAACAGUAGAAGACAAGCUUGACGGCCAGACGUGGGUAAGGAAAACCUUGAAUACUUUGCGCCACCCAAUCACGAGUCUCAACCGCUGGCGCGACCGUAGCAAAAACGUCGACGCCGUCGCCACAAGGGAAGAAGUGCCCCUCGCCGCCCAACUCGAAGAAAUCGAAUCCAGACAGCUGGCAAGGAUUAAGAAUGAUCGACCCCGCAGCUGGGACCCCAAAGACCCCGAUGCCUACGAAGACGUAGAUACAACUCGCAACAUCGUCGACUCCGCAGACUCCAUGUCCUACACGCUCAUCGCGCCGCCCUUCCCACAGACUCUCGGCACGGAAUUACGAGAUGAUAUCCGUGAGUUUGUUACCAAGGCGGGCAAGGCCAGCAAGGAAGGGAAAGACGGGUCUGGGGCUAUCAGGAGACCCAAAAGCACCACCGAGCACCAGAUCCGGGCGAAAGAGCUCUUGAAGGAGCAGCGUCGUGCAGCGGAGAGGAUGAAGACGCCCAUGCAGUUGAGGUGGGAGUUGGAUCAUGCAAAGAAGAUCAAGGAGAAGAAGGAGAAUCCGAUGGUGGACACAGAGACGCUUUUGUUGGCGUUGGGACAGCAUAUGGAGAAGAGUGGUGUCAAGGUGAAGAGGAGGGCAGAUAGCGAUGCUGCGGAGCUCGACUAGACGUUGUGGAUGGGCUUGUAGAAUAGUGUAGCAUAUCCAGUAGGCUUGUUUGUAACAUAGCACGAAGGCAACCAGACGCGGUCUCGGUGACUGCUGCAUACAUUGCUACCAGACAUUAAUG